AUGACAUCCCCUCAGUAUAUCCUCACACCCUUAUCUUAUUCCCUUCCAAUCCUCCAUGCAGCCGCCCACCCUUCCUCAACAGUCUUAGGUAUCUUCCUGUCUCCCCCCAAUCAAACGGAGAUAGAUGAGGCUAUACCACUCAUACAUACCCACACGACUCUAUCGCCCAUCACCGAAGUGUCCCUAUCGCUAGUCGAGGAAUACUGCAAGUUGAGGAAUAAGAGGAUAGUCGGUAUAUAUAUUGCUAGAGAGCUUGGUGAGGGGUUGGGCAGAGUUGGAGAAAGGAUAUUGGGUGCUUUGAGAGAGAAGCUCGAAAAUGUCUUCGGUCUGGUACUGGAUAAUGAUAAAUUAUCAAAAGGUCAAUUCGCAUAUAUACCAUAUAUACCCACCUCAUCAACAACCUUCAAACCCCUCCCUUCCUCAGAAUCGUUCACUAUAAAAUCGUCUUCAACAGAUCUGCCAUCUAAAUUACUGCAAAUCGUGAGAGCCAAAAAGAUACAUAGGAAUAUAAGAGAUUUCGAUGAUAAUCUGGAAGACCCAGACGCGGAUUGGCUGGAGAACGCUCUUGUCAAGAAGGAUGUACAGAAAUACCUAUCUUAA